CCUGAAAAGAGCAGUCUCGCAGCGAGAGUGGGCGACGGGCAAUAGGACCGAGAAUAAACCCCUGCAACGCUUCCAUGAAAGAUGGUAUUUUGUACAUACAUAUAUAAAGAGCCCGCUUGCACAAGAUAUGAUGGAUAAUGAUAACAAAAGUUCGAGAGAAACGAGGAGCGCGAGAUGACCGGGGUUUAAAGAAUAAAGACGAAGGCUAUGAUGGAAAACUUAAGUCUAAUACACCAGACAAACCUUCCAGAACAAAAGCGAGGCCUUCCCAUUCAUGAAAGGCGAGGAUAUCCAAGAAGAGAAGAAGAAGAAGAAGAAAGAGGAGAAGAAGGGAGGAGAAAGAUAGCACAGACACACAGAGCAGUAUCAAGACGGAUGGUUCAGUUGUGGGCGAGAGGAGAAACUCCUGGCAGUGCAGGCAUGAACUCAGCGCCCGCUGCUAUGUUUGCGGGACAAUUGGCUGGUGACGGAGUUUCGAUGACUCGCCGGCGAUUGCGGGCGAGGUGGCAGACCCAGCUUGACCUCGCCGACACGGCGGAAGAGGGAUUGCACGGCGAGACGGACCUCCGGAUUCAUGUCGCGGCCCAGCAGGUCGACGGCCAAGGGGUAGAAGGUCUCGAUGUGUUUGUUGAACCCUUCCGAGGCGAAGUUGGUGUAGCUCUCGAUGACAUCCACCACAACCGGGCGCCAGGCGAGGACGUUCCGAUGCUGCGAAUCUUCGUCCAGAAGGACGAAGCUGCGAAUGAUAUCCGCGCAUAGUCUGAAUUUAAUUGAGUAUCAGUCUUGCACGGUU